AUGUUAUUUAAUUGCCGAGCUCGCCAACCUCCCCCUGAGCCGCCGCUACCGCAGUGUCUGUAUACCGGAUGCACCCGCCGGGCAGUCAAGUGCGCUCAAAAGACCAAACAUAGCAAGGCCCUGCUCUCAUUGUAUUGCAAAGACCAUGCCUGUCGCCAGCGUCUGGACGGAAUGAUGUGUCCAACCCCGAAAGCCACAGGCACAGUGAAGUACUGCGAAGACCACCGUCGGUGCCAGUCUGAAGGCUGCUCCAACACCCGUAUCUGCGCCAACACAAGCCAGGACUGGCCAUACUGCCCGAAGCUGCUCAUUCUGCAAACAGACACAUGUGCCCUUCAAGGCUGCCACCAGAAGCGCUCGCCCAUCUCUCAAAUGUGCGGCUUGCACACACCGAUGUGUCUCAUCCCCGGGUGUGACCAGCCACGCACGGAAAAUGGCCUGUACUGUCCCAGCCACAGUUGCGCCGACGACAACUGCAACAGCGUUAUCAGCGGCGGGAGCUGGUGUAAGGAUCACAGGGUUUGCAAGACGGAAGGAUGUAAGCAUACGAGGGCUGUCACAGCGGAUGGGGGGUUAGAACAGGUCUGCUGGCAGCAUCUCCCUUCAGCCUGCACGGCUCCUGGGUGUGUCAGUGUUGUCAUCGGCGGUGUCAAGUUCUGUGACCAGCAUAAGUGCAUUUACCCGCCCUGCCACGAGGCCAAGGACAACUCGCAGGAUAUCUCGCGUCUUUACUGCGUGAAGCACACAUGCCACGACGCCACCUGUCCCCAACUAAUAUGCGACCCGUCCAACCCUUCCCUCAACCGCUAUUGUAUCAUACACACCUGCACAGCGCCAUCUUGUUCGCACCCAUCGAAACCAGCGAGCCGCCAUUGCGCCCUGCACACCUGUCUGUACCCUUCUUGCUCAGCCCCUCGAACCGCAGACCCCCUUGCAGUCCCCGAGGCCCAGUUCUGCGCGGCUCACGAGUGCCGAAGCCCGGGAUGCCACGGCGCGGCCGGGACUGACGGAGUCUUCUGUGAUGCGACGCACGCGUGCUCACUCACAGGAUACCUCGUGCCUCUGGACGGCAGCGAAGGCAAAUGUAAGCCUCUCUGCGCGACGCAUCCUGCGACGGUGACUGGAUAUAUCCCGUACCCCUCCGACCGGCGGCGAUCGUUCCCGGCGCGGCCUGCGUCUGUCGCUGCUACCGUCGGCAUCGGCCCGAAGCAGCAACAGAUUUAUGUCGGUCCUGUCGAGGAAGCACUUGAACUGAGGCUGCGUGAGGAGCAAGAGAGGCAGAUUAACGAGGCGCGGCUGGAUGGGAGUGUACGUGCCUGGGAGGCCGCCAGAGCUGGUGGCGUCAGUACUGAUGUGAGAGGUCGACGGGGACGGGGAGAUAGAUUGAGUUGUGAUAGCGGGUAUGUCGGUAGCGCGAGUGUAUCAGAGGAUAGCAACAUUACUUUUGUAAGUUGA